AUGGCAUCCACCGUCGCCUCCGCCAUCCGCCCAAGUCUGCGCGAAGCGUCCUCACGCCAUCAAUCCGGCAGCCCUCAUACGCCUACCGGCCGUUUUGUCUCCUCCGCCCAAUCUUCCCCGGGCUCGUACUCUUUUCGCGCCGAAGAGGAUCCUAUCAUUAUCGAACUAGACCCUCGUGGCCUCAGGGCCGGCUUUCAGGGCGAAAGUGGCCCCCAGUGUUUCAUACCCUUCACCUCCCAGAGUUCCAGACGAGUGGGAGACUAUCGCUCGUUUCUGCCAGGGUUCAGAAGACGCAGGCAAGAUCUGGCAUCGAAGAGUAAAGAGUAUGAGCUGUGGAGAAAUGAUUUGAGAGAUGUCGACUUGGGUCUGCUGGAAGAUAAGCUGGAACGGGCAGUCCGAGAAGCGUACAACAAAUAUCUGUUGGUGGAUGCGGGCACGGCACGCUUGGUGCUGGUCUUGCCUUCGUUAGUACCUCAUCCAGUAUUGUCGACAGCGUUGACUCUGCUAUUCGAGCGCUGGAAGUAUUCUACGAUCACUCUGUUACCCGCACCAACCAUGUGCGUCGUUGGGGCGGGUUUGCGAUCGGGUCUCGUUGUGGAGGUGGGUUGGGAAGAGACGGUGAUCACGGCAAUCUACGAGUAUCGCGAAAUACAUGUCUGCCGGAGUGUUCGCGCCAUGAAGGCUUUGACCAUGAAGAUUGGAGCACUGUUAGAGGAUGUCAGAAAGGAACAGGACGAGUCAAUCCGUGAUUCUCUCGUGCUGGAUUUUGACUUCGUCGAGGAGUUUGUGGAUCGUGCUGGUGCCUGUCAUGCAUUAUUUCCAAUUGCGAAAGAUGAUCUUUCAGAAAGGGCAAAGGCAUUGAAUCUUGAGGACCAAGGACAUACCGAUGUCUCCGGCGGUGACACGGCAAGCAUGGUGAUCGACUGGCCAACGCAUACGACGUCUCGCCCCAUCACAGUCUCCAGACAGGCAUUGCAUGAAGCAUCUCUCGACACCCUAGUUACACCAAAGACCGAAGAACACCGGGACGAUCAUGAACAAUCCAUUAGUCAACUUCUGUACACAACCCUUCUUGCCUUGUCAUCGGAUGUUCGCGGUAUUUGUAUGUCAAGGAUCAUCUUCUUAGGCAGGGGUUCAGCUAUGGCGGGUUUGUCACAACAGGCCCUAGACACGACCAAUGCCAUCAUCUGCGAGCACGGAUGGACGCCUGUCCGAGGGAAGCAUACGAAGGUCAAGCGGACCGGCCUUGCAGAGCUUGCUCAAGCGAGAGCGGUUCCCCCUGAUGCUCGACAUGACAUCAACCCUCCGGGAGCUGAUGACUUUGUCGAGGCACGGCUCUUCAAGCAGAAAUCAAGGGAUGCGCACCAACGUGUUGCUCCCGUCCUGCAGCAGGUCGAAUCUCUUGGACCUUGGACUGGUGCGAGCCUUGUUGCCAGUUUGAAGGCGAAAUCCUUUGUCGAAAUCGAGAGGGAGAGAUUCCUCUCUCACGGACUGGCUGGGGCACAUCGUGAUCUAGAUCCUGGUGCUCUUCAACAACAGCGCAGCACAGCAACGAAAGGCAGCGAGAGAACGAGUUGGACAUUGGCUGGAUGGGGUUGA